AUGUUUGAUGCAAACUUAUCACAGCGAUGUAUCUUGCAGAGUUUCCACAUUGAUACACCUGGGUUCGAUGAUUCUGAUGAAGAUAAGAGCGAUGAGGAAACUGUGUUUUCGAUUUUUCUUAAGAUGUUGGAAGCUAAAAUUCAGAAUAUAACAACGAUCUUGUGGUUUGUGGUACCCGACGUUAGAACGAAAACCUCAUACAAACUUCAAGCAAGAUUUAUAGAAUCUUUGGCAAAAUACUAUAGUGGAAAUGUGUGGGAUAAUACCAUCAUCGUCACUAAAGGGGAUACAAUUAAUAAUGGUCCUCGUGAUCAUGCCAGAGAAAUAUCCCAAAAAGAACAUAACACUAAAAAUGAUUUGCUUUCAAAAAUCGAUGAAUUGUUAAUGAAGGGCAUCUUAAAUGUCCAAACACGUCUCAACAUUAGAAAAUUCAAAUAUACAGAGUGUGUUCAUAAGGGAAAUAUUAUAGAUAUAUAUCUAUCUCUUCAUGUUUAUAAGCAUAACUACUAUGUUGGAUUUACAACGAAACAAGUGUUUGACAAUAGUCCUCAAGCUUGGAUAGUUCGUGUCUUUUCUCUUGGAGGAGCAAAUCCGAGUUCGUAUCUGGAUACUGGAAUUGCUGUCACAAUAAUGAUUUUAAUUCACGAGGAUGCAAGCAUGCUUAUCAAUGAGAUUAUCGAUCUUCUGGAUGUCAAAAAAUUUACGAUAGGUGCUAGACAUAAACUUCAGGAAAAGCCUUGUCUUACAAUUUUGUAA